AUGACUGUCAACAACAUCGAUCUCGACUUCCGCGGCAUCACCCCCGCUCCCGUAACCCCCUUCAACAAGGAUGGCUCAGUAGACUACGAUGCCAUCCAGAGGCUUGGAUCGUGGCUCGGAAGCCUGCCUGGCGUCAAGGGUCUGGUUGUGCUCGGCCACGCCGGUGAAGGCACCUUCCUGACGCAGGACGAGCAGGUCAAGGUGAUCCAGGCUUUCGUCAAGUCGGUCGACGACCGUAUCCCCAUCAUUGCCGGCAUCACGGGCGAGGGCACCGAAGUUGCCGCGCUUGAGGCAUGCCGCGCCGUCCAGGCUGGUGCCAAGGCCGGCCUGCUCUACCCUUCGCACGGCUGGCUGCGAUUCGGCUACCAGCCCGGUGCGCCUCAGGACCGCUACAAGCAGGUAUACGAAAAGUCGGGUCUUCCUCUGAUCCUCUUCCAGUAUCCCGACAACACCAAGGCGACGUACAGCCUCCAGACGAUGCUCGACAUUGCAGCGCAGCCCGGUGUGGUGGCCAUGAAGAACGGCGUGCGAAACAUGCGACGAUGGGACACCGAGAUCCCCGUGAUCCGUCGCGAGAGGCCCGAGCUGCAGAUCCUGUCUUGCCACGACGAGUACCUGUUGCACACCGCCUUUGACGUUGACGGCUUCCUGGUUGGCUACGGCAACAUCGCACCCGAGGCGCUGCUCGAGCUGCUCGAGGCUGGAAAGGCAAAGGACUACGGUGCCGCUCGCCGCGUCCACGACCAGCUGCUUCCGGUCACCAAGGCCGUCUACCACCGUGGCUCGCACAUGGAGGGCACGGUGGCGCUCAAGCAUGCGCUCGUAGCUCGCGGCAUCCUCGACCACGCCACCGUUCGUUCGCCGCUGAUGCCGCUCGAGGAAGGCGCCGAGCAGGAGAUCUUUUCGGCUGUCAAGCAGUCGCGCCUCUCGCGCGUCAUGUAA